UCAGUCGAGGUGGAAUCUUCAAAGUGUGCGCAUCAAAAUCUAAGUGGCUAUGAAGCAAGCCUAUACUUGUAGUAACCCGAAGUUGCAGGCCGCAACACAGCCAGGCGAAAAGUGGGGUAGUGGCUUGGAGUUUCUCUUCUCUUGCAUAUCCCUCUCUGUGGGCCUGGGGAAUAUAUGGCGUUUCCCGUACAUUGCCUUUCAGAAUGGUGGUGGUACCUUUGUCAUACCCUACUUCAUCGCAUUGCUGGUGAUUGGGAGGCCGGUCUACUACCUGGAGAUUGUGGUGGGCCAAUUCAGCGGAAGGGGUGUGCUCCGCGCAUUCGAUAUGGCGCCUGUGCUGAAGGGUGUUGCUGCGGGUCAGGUCCUGGCCACCACAGCCUCCAUCACGUACUAUUCGAGCAUUAUGGCGUUAACACUGCGCUUUCUGUUCGCUUCAUUUAGCGCCGUUCUCCCUUGGAGCUACUGCCACGAUAAUUGGGGGGCCGAUUGCUAUGAGAGUAACGCAUCCAAUGUCAGCAACAGCAGUCUCAUGUCCCCAGCCCAGCUGUACUUUGAACGCGAGAUCCUGCACGAGCUGCCCAACAUUGACAGUGGCCUAGGCAUGCCUAAUUGGCAGCUGGUUGCCUGCCUGGCCUUCUCCUGGCUGGUAAUUGGUGGCGUGCUGGUCAGGGGCAUCAAGAGCAGUGGCAAGGCUGCCUAUUUUCUCGGAAUAUUUCCCUAUGUUGUGCUCGUAGUGCUGCUCCUGCGAGCUGUAACCCUACCGGGGGCUAUCAACGGCAUCAUCUACUUCUUUAAACCGCAAUGGCGAGAGCUCUUAAAUCCACUGGUUUGGUAUGCGGCUGUCACCCAGGUCUUCUUUUCUUUGGCCAUCUGCUUUGGCACACUCAUCACCUACGCCUCUUACAACAAUUUCAAUCGGAAUGUCUACAAGGAUAUUGUUAUCAUUACGACCAUGGACUCGUGCUCCUCGAUCUUUGCUGGCUGCAUUACCUUUGGCAUUUUGGGCAAUUUGGCACAGAAAACUGGCAUUACGGACAUCGGCAGCGUGGUGAAGGGCGGUGCUGGUCUGGCCUUCAUCUCGUAUCCGGAGGCCAUUGCCAAGUUCGAAUAUGUUCCACAGGUGUUCGCGGUCCUUUUCUUCCUCAUGCUCUUCGUUCUAGGCAUCGGCAGCACUGUCGGCAUGGGAUCCUGCAUUGUGCGCGUCAUCCGUGACCAUUGGGAGCACCGUGCACCGCCCAACUGGAUGCUCGCCAGCGGUCUGGCUGUCCUGGGCUUUGCCGUUAGCAUUGUCUAUAUGACACCGGGUGGUCAAUUUAUUUUGAAUCUGGUCGAUUUCUACGGCGUCUCAUUUACCGCUCUGAUACUGGCCAUUGGCGAGCUGUUGGCCGUGUCUUGGAUUUAUGGCCUUCGGCGUUUCUGUGCGGAUAUCAAAUUCAUGAUGGGCAUUGAAACGGGCUGGUAUUGGCGGCUGUGUUGGGCCUACAUUACGCCGGGCCUAAUGACGGCCGUGCUACUCUACAUGUUGGUGGACAUGACCGAACUCACAUACAAGGGAGUCGCAUAUCCACGCCUGGCCCAUGGGAUUGGCUGGACCCUGGCCACAUUUGGCCUGCUGCAGAUACCAGGCUGGGCUCUUUAUGCCAUCAUAAAGCAGCGUAAGACGCACACUUUCUGGCAGAAAGUACGCGAUGCCUGCAGGCCAGACAACAAUUGGGGCCCCGCCAGUGCGCAGAUUGCAUUGGACGAUGACAACAGCAAAGAGGGAGAACUUUUAUGUUAAUUUCAUAAUCAUUAUUUAUUUGACUUUAAUGCACCCAGAAUUGUGAUCGUCAGAUUUGUUAUUUACCGUUAAAAAUGUUAAUUAAAAAAAUGUUACAAUGUUUAUUCAAAAGCUAAUUAAUUGUGCAACUGAGCCAAGCUAAAAUUUUAAAAAUUUUAAAACCCAUUCAUUGAAGCAAAAGCGUGGUGGUGAAGUACAUUAAUACUGAGCAAUUGCAAGAAUAGGACUCCGGUUCCUCCCUUUCCCCCUUCAAAACAUCAAAUAAAUUUAAUUACUUAUCAUUAAAAUUACUUCCUUAUAAUUAUAGUAAUAUUUUGAUAAACAGUU